AUGUUAGCAUUCGAACACUUACCCAGUGAAUUGUACGAAUUUGUAUUCAUGUAUCUCAAAUCAAAUGAUAUUCUGGUAUCAUUCAUGAACUUGAACAAACGUUUUACAAAACUUGUUCAUUAUCAGAUUUGUCGAAAAGUUGAUGUAUCCUUAUCAAAAUCUGAUUUUCAUGAUAUUCUACAUUACGUACAAUCAACAAUGCAAUCUAUCAAACUAAAUGAUAAUCAGCUUAAUAAAGUCUUUCCAACAACGAUAACAUCGUAUCCAAAUCUUCGUUCAAUAAUAUUAAAUAAUAUACCGCAUGUUAAUGGAAAAUAUUCAGUGCAUAUAGAAUCAUUUAAAACAUUGUACUCAUUAACACUGAAUUUUCUUUUUCAAUGCGAAACACCUGAAAUUGAUCAACAUGUAUUAUUCAAUAAGUGCUCAUUGGAAAAAUUAUUCAUCACAAAUUGUGUAUUAUCCCUUGACUCAUCUAAUAGUAUACAAAUGUGUCAAUCAAUCAAAUAUUUAACAAUUAAAAUACAAUAUCAACACCAUUUAUUUAUGUUAAUGGAAAAUUUUCCAUCAUUGGUCUAUUUAAAUAUUCAGAUUACAAAAGGUAUUAAAUCAACUGAUUCAUACGAUUAUAUUAAUGGAAAAUUGCUACCGUUAAAUUUAAAACAAUUUAUUCUUGAUUCAUCAGUAAAACGUAUUCAAUAUGAUCAUUUGGAAUAUUUAUUAUCUAAACAGUUUAAACUUGAAUAUUUAUCUAUUAAUAUCAGAAUUAAUCACUUAAUUGAUGGUCGACGUUUAGAAUACGGUUUACUGUCAAAAUUAUCAAAAUUAAAACAGUUCAACUUUCAUAUUCAUUGCUAUCAUAGUUAUGUUUCUCCUAAUAUUAUGUCAACAUUUCAAAGUAAAUAUUGGCUUCAGCAUCCAAUGAUGUAUUAUCAUAAUUCUAAUGCAAAUCUUCAUACAUUAGCAUCAUUACCGUUUAUAUACGACUAUAUGAUGGUAUCAAACGGUAUUUCGGAGUAUCAAUCAAAUAUCCAAUGUAACCUAAUGGUGCCAAAUGUUAAAUAUUUAGUUUUAUAUAAUGCAACAGAGCCCUCUACAUUAAAGUUAUGUCACUUUCUUAAGACAAUCGUUUCUAAGAAUGCUUAUGGUUUACUGUUGUAUGGUCCUUGCCGUUUCGAUGAUGAUAUGAUGAAUGACACAAGUGUUACAUUAAGUACAAUCACAAUGCUACAAUUAGGAUUUGAUAAUGGCGAAUAUCGUUAUAUAAAACGUUUAUUAUUACUGACACCGAAUGUUCGAAAAUUACACAUAAAACAAGAGUUGCUAUUAAACAUAAAAGAGCAAUUGCGUGAUGAUCACGAAUUACGGGAAUUAAUAUGUCAAAACAUAACUCAGUUAACGAUGUUUCAGCGUAAUCAAAACGGUUUGAUUAAUAAUAUUAACAGUAAUGAAAUUAGAAUUAUAUUUCCAAACGCCGCAAUUGUUAGUGAACAUAGAGAUCAACAACGAGAGGAAUGUAGAAAUUAA